CUGUAAAACAGGAUAGUGUGUUUAGUUUUAAUUCUUGAAUAAAUUUAUUACAUAAAAAUACAUUAUAUUUUAGCAGUGUAAAUUGAUUAAUAUAUAAAAUUGCAUAAAGUAAAUAACCACAAUUUUCCUGCAGGUGACAGUCACGCCAUAAUAUAAUACAAAUUUUACGAUGUAAAUACUUUGAAACGAUUAAAAAUGACUUCUAAAACGGAUAUUGUCAAGCCUAAAACAGUCAGGGUGUUCGAUUUAGAUGAUUUUGAAAAACUCCUGAGAGGAAUAAAAGUUGCAGCAUGUAUGAUAACAGAAUCACAUCAAAUUGUCGACGAACAAAGUGUCAUCAAGCGUCUAAACGCGCUAACAUUAAAUGGAGCAAGCGACGGUAACUGUUGCUCAUGCUGUGGAGUGGGCCCUUUCGAGACUCGGGCGCAACAGACUGCACAUUAUAAACAUCAUUGGCAUACACAUAACUUGAAGAGAAAGCUGUUUGGGAAGUCUGCGCUGAGUCUGGGACAAUUUAACUCAAGACAAGAUGAUAAUUCAAGUGUAUCAGGCAGUGACUCGGAGACAGAGAGUACAAACUCCAAACCAGCAAGUGAUCUAUUCGCAGCAGCGACGAGACAUUGCAAGGCGUUCUUCACUAAUAAAACUGGACAAGUCUUCUGUAUAUAUAGAUGUAUAUUGCAUCAUAAAAAGGUUAGUAAAUUAGAUGUUUUAUGUUGUUGAUGAUUUUCUAAAUAA